AACCUUGGUCAAACACCUCUUUUGGAAGAGAGAAAAAAAAAACUUGGCUAAACCGCUAAAAGUUAGCUGGAAGGUCACUUUGAUACCUUCCCCAUCUAACACUUCAAGUUUCUUUGAAGUCCACAAUCUUUACCCCCUUUCCUACUCCUUAGUCCUCACACACACUAAACUUACAUACCCAAAAAAGGUUCUAUUGAGAGACAAGUUAAGAAUAUAUGGAUGCUCUAAUCUUCAUUUCCAUGUUCAUUAUUUUUCUACAUGUAAAAGCACAAGCAAAUACACCUAGUUGUUCACCAAUUAGUUGUGCAAAUAGCUCUACUUUCAACAUUCAGUAUCCUUUCACACUUCACCAAAUUCAGCCUCAGCACUGUGCAGGUCUCCCUGAUUUUGUGUUACAAUGUAAACAAAACAUGACCAUUCUAAAUUUCCCAUCUUAUGGGGAUUUAGUCAUUAAAUCCAUAUCAUAUGAUCUCCAAAAACUCGAAUUAAUCGAUCCGAAAAACUGUGUCCAUGGAGUUUUCUUGAACCUGAAUCUUUCUAACACUCCAUUUAGCUAUUACUAUGUACUGAAAGAGUAUCAGUACCUGAAUUGUUCAGCUGAAAUUUCUUCUUUCUUACAAGUCCCUUGUCUAAGUGGCAUUGGACAUCAUGUGUAUGUUGUGGAAACAUCAUUUGUUGUCACAGAUUUUUGUAACCAUGUUAAGACUGUUGGAAUCCCAUUUUCAUAUAGUCCUUUCUUGUCUGAUAACACUUUUGGACUUGGAUUAACAUGGCACUUGGCAAAUUCUCAAGACAGUCUAACAGCAAAGUUUACAGCAGGGCUGUUUGAAGGACUCAAUGAGAUAGUAGAUGAUAAAGUUCUUUGUAAUUUGCAGCGUUGGGGUGUAUCAUCCUGUUCAUGUUUAUAGUGGUGAUGUUGUUAGAUAUACAGAAGUUAUCUCAAUAUUCUAAGAGAGAGGAGGAGAAAGAGACUCAGAAGGAACCUCAAGCUAAUCCUAUUUUUGGGAACUAUGAAGCUUUGAACAAAAUUGUGAUAAAAAACUAGUACUUCUCAGAAUCAAAAUUAUGGCCCAAAUGGACAAAUAUAUGUGAAAACUUUUGGUUGGUUAUUGGUGCAAAUGAGUAGUGUGAGGAAAUUGGAUUUUGAUAUAUAGAUACGAUACGUGGUUUGAUAAAUUGGACGUUAAUAUUUGUGAUUUGUAUUACGCAUACUGAUUAAUUUAUCGAUUGAUAAAAACUUCUAAAGUUAUCUUUUUA